AUGACUCGCCACGAACUCCGCGAUGAAAUCCAACGGAACCGGCUCCCUCGUACAGCCAAAUUCGAUCCUCAAAUUGCCCGCUUCCAGCACGACCUGGUUGGACGGAGGACUGUUGGCCCAUAUGGUCAAGAUGUUGUCCAGGAUAUUGGUGAAGAGGCGGGACAGGGCGAUGCAGGCGAUGCAGCUGAGGGCAGCGAGAGGGACGACGAGGAUGAGGCCUGGUUCGGUGAAGGCGUGAUACCAGCCGAGGAAGGGAAGGGCGAAAAUUUGGCGGGAAAUAAACAGCGGCAAUUGGUUGAACGCCUUGUCCAUCCGAUGCGGUCGCUUGAGAUCGUUCAAGUCGGCAUGGCGGAUCACGCUAUGCGGGACAUUGGAACAUCAGUGGCUGAGAUGGAUGCCAUGAUGUUUGCGUUUUGGGUGUUGUGA